AAGGGCCUGAACUCGAGGAAGCGAGUGUCCAUUCCCACGAAGCUCUUUGAUGGGGAGAAGCCCGCUGACGAACAGCUGGACGACAAGGACGAGGACGCCGUGGACGAGAACGACGUUCCUGAGGACGAUCUGCUGCAGUCUCCGCUGGCUGCUGCCAAGCCGGAGAAGACCACCUACUCAAAGUUGACGCCCGUUUCGACGUUGUCGCGCCGACUUACUCUGUCAUCAUCGGCGGCUAAAAGGCGAAAGAUUGGUCACCAGACUGAGCCUCAGCCACAGCCAUCACCAUCACCACCACCACCACCAGAGACUGCUUCUAAAGUCGCCGAAAGUGCUGAAAGUGCUGAUGAUUACAUGUUGAAUGUUGACAACCACGACGGCGAUGACGACAUCUGUGACACGCCCAUCGUUCAGGCUGGUCGUAAGCGAGCUCGCGGAAGGAGGUUGGCCAAGUUUCUGGACGAUGAUGAUGAGGAAGAGGAGGAGGAAGAAGAGGCCGAGGAAAAGGAGGACGAGGUGGGGGAGUGUUUGGCUACGGAGAAGAAGAAGAAGAAGAAGAGGGCCAAAGUGGAGGAGAAGUUGGUUGAGAAGGAGGACAAGGAGGAGGAAAAGACUGCUACCACUCCCACAACCACCACAACCACCAGCAGCAAAUCUGCGAAAAAGUCCGCGAAAAAGCCCGUGCCUACUACUACCACGACUCGUCGCCGAGGAAGGCCGCCGAAGGAGGAGGCAAAGGAGGCGAAGAAGGAAGAUGAAAAGGAGGAGGUUGAAAAGAAGGAGGAAAAUGAGAAGAAGGAAGUU